AUGCACUUAAUGUGGACCCUAUAUUAGCUAUAUAAAAAUAGAUGUGAAAGUUCAUGUCCUAUAUACUCAUCUAGGUGUGUUAAUUAUGAAGACAUCAUUCCAUGUAGAAUUAUAGCUAUAUUUUAGAUUCAAGCUAUGUUGCAAAAGGGUUUUACGAUUUGAAUGUGAAAAUUGAGAAUAUAAAUUUCUUUUACGAUACAUAUCCAUCCAGCAAUUAUGUAACAGGUUAAAAUUUUCCAGUAUUAAGAGAGUUUAUUAGUUUGGAAUGCUGGAUCAUAUUAAGUCAUGGGCAAUCUAACAACCUCAUUAUAAAGUAUCACUCUAUUUUAAUUUUAGAAAUGGGCAAAGUUAUAGUGGAGCAUUUUCUUAUAAAAUAGGUUUUGUAAGUAGCUCAUUUUAAGGAUCAUUUGUUAAUCUGGAGGAAGAUCAAAUUAAAUUAGUCAUAAUUAUAUAGAAAAUACUCGUUUUUAUUUUUUUACACUUGAAAAAUUUUCAUGAUAAUAAAUUAAAGUAAGAAUUCAAACGUCAAGCCACUAUAUUAAUUUGCUAGAUGGAUUUCUUGCAAUAUCAGAGUAUUUUGUUGGUUUUCAUUAUGUUAAUUUAAUCAAUAUUUUCUAGUGUCCUCCUUUUUGUCAAAGUUGCUCUAGUUUAAGUGCAUUUAAUAUUUGGUAGUAGGUUAUAAAAGUUCAAAUUGUAGAACUAAUUAAUUUCUAUUAUUUGAUGAAUAAACAUAAACUUAUAGUUGCAAAUUUUGUGAUCAAUCUGGAUGCAAUAAAUGUGUGAGUGUAGAAGAUUGUAUUGAGUGUACAUAUACAUUUUGAUAAGGAAAUAUUUGUGGUUAAUGAAAUAGAUAUUGUGAAAAUUGCUUUAAGACUUCUAAAUUUGGUAGUCUUUCUUGUGUUCAAUAAUUUCAUAGAGGCAUCUAAAGAUAUA